GCCUACGUCUUUUUCACAUGACAUGGUACAAUCCCCGGUGUACGGUUUUUUCUCUGUUCCCCUCGAUGCGGAGAGCUGUGCCUGUCUUCUGUUUCCUGUUUAGGUCUCGAUUGAGAAGCUGACCAUGGCGGCCACUGAGAUAGCACGGCAAGCGGGAGAAGGCGCACGCUCAGUCCCGCUGUCAGGCCAUGUGGGUUUUGACAGCAUGCCUGACCAGCUGGUCAACAAAUCUGUCAAUCAUGGCUUCUGCUUCAACAUCCUCUGUGUGGGGGAGACCGGUCUGGGGAAGUCCACUCUCAUGGACACCUUGUUCAACACCAAAUUCGAAGGGGAGCCCACACAGCACAACCAGCCCGGCGUCCAGCUCAAGUCCAAUACCUACGAGCUGCAGGAGAGCAACGUGCGCCUCAAGCUGACCGUGGUGAACACCGUGGGUUUCGGGGACCAGAUCAACAAAGAGGACAGCUAUAAAUCCAUUGUGGAGUUCAUUGACGCCCAGUUUGAGGCCUACCUCCAGGAGGAGCUGAAGAUCAAGCGCACACUGCACAGCUACCACGACACGCGCAUCCACGCCUGCCUCUACUUCAUCGCCCCCACGGGACACUCGCUCAAGUCCCUGGACCUGGUCACCAUGAAGAAACUGGACAGCAAGGUGAACAUCAUCCCCAUCAUCGCCAAAUCAGAUGCCAUCUCCAAGAGCGAGCUCACCAAGUUCAAGAUCAAAAUCACCAGCGAGCUGGUCAGCAACGGCGUGCAGAUCUACCAGUUCCCCACCGAUGACGAGACGGUCGCGGAGAUAAACUCCACCAUGAACAGCCAUUUGCCCUUUGCAGUCGUGGGCAGCACGGAGGAGGUGAAGAUCGGGAACAAGAUGGUGAAGGCACGGCAGUACCCCUGGGGCACGGUUCAGGUGGAGAACGAGAGCCACUGUGACUUUGUGAAGCUGAGGGAGAUGCUGAUCCGGGUGAACAUGGAGGACCUGCGGGAGCAGACGCACACCCGUCACUACGAGCUCUACCGCCGCUGCAAGCUGGAGGAGAUGGGCUUCAAGGACACCGACCCCGACAGCAAGCCCUUCAGUCUGCAGGAGACGUACGAGGCCAAGAGGAACGAGUUCAUGGGAGAGCUGCAGAAGAAGGAGGAGGAGAUGAGGCAGAUGUUUGUUCAGAGAGUGAAGGAGAAGGAAUCUGAACUGAAGGAGGCUGAGAAAGAGCUGCAUGAGAAGUUUGACCGUCUGAAAAAGCUGCACCAGGAUGAGAAGAAGAAGCUGGAGGACAAGAGAAAGGGCCUGGACGACGAGCUCAACGCCUUCAAGCAGAGGAAGACUGCUGCAGAGCUGCUGCAGUCCCAGGCACAGCAGGCAGGGGGCUCCACCACGCUUAAGAGAGAAAAGGAGAGGAAAAAUAAUCCCUGGCUCUGCACUGAGUAGUUGCUCCUCUACCAGGCUUUACUAAGGGACCAAGCCCUUGGCAUUGUGGGUAAUGUGACCCACUGCCCGAGGAAAGGGAGAGAGAGAGAGAGAGAAAGAGAUUGUGGACCUUGCCCCUGUGGGAUAGCGAUAAAUCUACACCGCACGCGUGCUUUGUGGAGGAUACUGUGUUAUCUGGAUAUAUUUAACCCACAGCACUAACAGUGUCGUCUGCCUAUUGUGUGACUAAAGCAUGUUUCUUGCUUAACUGUUUAUGUUUUCCCCCCUCAGAUAUCAAGGCACUUAAUUGCUGUGACCUCUCUCACCUUUCUGAAGUGAACUAAUAUGCUCCAUUCUACUGGCAGCUUCAGUGCGAUAGAGCUUUUGCUUUGUUGUUAUGCACUUAACUGUGGUGCUUCCCUACCAGGGCAAAUUUAAUUCCUUUUUGACAUACUUGCCAUUUACUAAGUCACCACUCUAUACGUAGAUUGAAUCGGUAACAUUCAGCUUUUGCCAAGAAAAUAUGAUCCAACUUGCCCUGGUAAAAGGGUAUUAAAAAGACUUACACUUGAGAGAACAUUUAAUCUCUUAAUUGUAUGCCAUUUUGCUCUGCUGUAUAUAAGCAGCUCAAACGGCAAGGCUACAGUGGCAUUGCAUAAUUUAAUUCUGAAUAUUUAAGUCUUUUCUUGAUCCAUCUACUUUAGUUGAGGCCAUUUAAAUGUGUUAAUUUUUGAGGACAGCUUACAUCCCUCUUAUCAGAAACAAUUGCUAAGCUACAUAAUUAAUUAUGUUUACACUAAUUCUAAAUGAUGUGAAGAUUUCUCCUGUUCCUCCAUAGUCUGUAGAAUAAUUAUUUAAAAUUAAAAUGCAACAUGGCUACCCCAUAGAGAAGCCAAAUACUGAAAUUUAGGGCAAAUAGCAUGUGAAGGGUUUCAUUUUGCCCUAUGCCCUCUGACCCUUGACCUUUCACAGGCGCUUUCACAGGCUGCUCUCUUUGGCUGCUUUGUUCCUUCUGGUAACCCGCACUUCUCUCUGUGUCUCCCUCUCUCUCUUCCCCCCCCUCCUCCUCCAGCUUCUUUUAAUCUGUCUCGGGCACCUGUAUGAAGAGGAGACUGCAGCUUCCACAAGAACUAGGCACCCGUUUCCUCUUCAUUCCUUCCUCAUUCUCAUCAGCCUUUUGAAUUUUCUUUUUAUAUUCAUCUCAUCCCCAAGCCCCACCCCUCGCUCCCAAACACCCUCUUCCCCUGUCAAGCACACACAUAUGUAGGCCUUACAUGGUAUUUUUUUCCAAUAAAUUAGAAAAGGAAAGAUGGUAAGAUCAGCAAAUCACCAGAGAAGGUGGAACCUUUAGAAGCUUGACCCUUCACCAUGUUCCUCUGUGUGAUUGUUAUGAUAUGUUAUGUGAGACUUUUACAUUUCAGUGAUCAUUCCCAUCAAGGAAGGCAUUUGCGGGGUGGAAUGAAAGACCUAGCCAGGUUUACCAUUUAUAUAAAAAAACUCCUAAACAAAUUACAUCUCUAAAUAGUAGACACUAAUCCUUGGGAGAAGCUCUUUGUCAAAACUAAGAGCUGCUCCCAGAGAGUUAUUUUUUUGAUAAGGAACUCCCUGUGCAACUCUUGUAAGAUUUCAAAUGUUUUAAUUGUUUUUUUCUCUAUACAACAUAAACAAAUUUGUCACAAUGGCACACAUGGUAAUGCUGUCUAAUUUGACCUCAAUGCCAUGUAUUCCCUCGUGAAGUUCAGAAAACAUAAUUUUGACCUACUAUAUAUUAAUUUAUAAAUUAAGAGUUAAUUCUAAAGUUUGCUAAUAUAGCAGCUAAUGCCUAAUGUCAGACAGCUAUUUUAUUUUAAACUUGCCCCAAUUUUUAUCAAAAGGCUGUGGUUUUAAACCAGGUCAAUAUUCUAACUGCGAUUUUUGCUAAAAAUCCAAAGACUGCUAUUAAAACAAUUUUAAAAGACUAGUAAAAGCAAAAAGGUAGUAUCUAAACAAAGAUUACUCUAGAUUGGUUUUGAUCAUACAUUUGUAGAAAUGGAAAUAGAUGGGGUUAGAUGGUACAUGUACGUUCUUUAGGAUUUAAAAAAUAUUUAAUUUUUGUUUUCCCUUUUUCGGCCACAAAAUAUAUUUUCCAAAUGCCAUGUAGGCCACAUACAGUGCCUCUGAUGCAUUGUGCUUUGUGUAUCUGCUGACUAAUCCAUAUUUUGCGUCUUCCAAGGUAUUUUGUUUUACCCUGAUUCUUGCAGUUAUUUUUAUUACCAGCAAUGUCGUUUUCUUUGGGAAUAUUUCAGUGCUACUUUCAGCUGUUCGAUAUUGAGUUCUUUACUCUUGUGAGGUCACUCCAUUUGUAACUUGUGCUUCAGUAAUACUUCUUACAAAUGGUCCAGCCCCAUUUGCCAAAUAGCAAAAUGAGUGCUAUCAUUUUUUUCAGUUAUAGAAUUGGUCAUAGUGCAUGACCUAAAUACCAGAUAAUAGGAAUACAUUUAUAUACAUGAUUUAUAAGGAUCUAUUUUGUGUAAUUAAUUAUGAAGUAUGAAGUGGAGACAUGUCUUAUGAUAACUGAUAGUGUUUAAAAAUCUUUUUCCCCCUUCCUAUGUAAAAUUUGUGGUGUCAUAAAGUUAGACAGCAUCGGUGUCCGUCAUGGCCCUUCCUGCCGAUGGCCUUGCCAUGCCUCAGAUUUACAUGUGAGAUAUUUUACUGUUGUAUUAUUCCAUUGGUGUCCAUUUUCAAUAAAAUGUUAAAAACAACAAAA